AUGAGUACCAAAACUAAUAUACCAGGAGGCUAUGGUCUUUGUCCCGCAUGUGGUGGAAAAAAAACAUCUGAAAAUUGGUGCCCGCCAUGCCAUGCGCGACUGCUUCUUGACGAAUGUUCAGGAUUGACGAGUGGUGAUAAGAACUUGGAUGAGUUUAUCAGAAAAACUAUUACCGAUGCACGACAGAAAAAAUCUGAUAUUUAUCAUCAAUUUGCAAAAGCUGACGAAAUAGCAGCAACUAGGGAUCGGGCAAUCCAAAAACAUAGCCCUGAAGCCAUUUAUACAAGUAGACUUAUUCACUAUGUCACCAAGAAACAGGAUACUUGUAAUGAUACCAAGCAGCAGGAUCUCUAUAUUAAUACCAGCUUACAGAAUCUCUGUAAUGAUACUAGGCAACAGGAUCUCUAUUUAAAUGACAUGACCGAAUAA